AAUGAUAAACUAUGUGGAUACAUAUGAAGACUAAAAACUAUAAUAGUUUGAGGAAGAGCUUGAACUAUUUGGUAUUGUGAGUUCUCCAAAUACUCUUAUUUUGUCUGAUUCAGGAUAAACCUCUUGUGUAGAAUAAGGUAGAUAAUAUAUCAUAAGACUUUCAUUAGAUUCUAAUUUAUUGACUCCAUAACAGCAAGAAAUUCAAAAAAUAAAAUUACCAAUUCAAAGAAGACGCCCUCCAAAAAGAAUUCAAUAUACUUAUCAUAAGAAAAAGAAGCGCCCUGCCCCAAAACCCAUAAUCCAUAUCAAAGAAAACGGAUUGAAGGUGUGUCUUGUCAUGGAAAAACCCAAAUCUAAUGCCCAUCCUUUCUCUAAUAUUGAAGAUAAGAGAAUUUUGGAACUUGUUCUUAAGAUAGGACCUAAGUUUUAUAAAAUAUCAAAGUCAUUUCCAGGGAAGAGUGUCAGCAUGGUCAAGAAUCGUUAUUACAAAUACCUCCGUUAUAGAUGGGAUGAAGUUAUGGGAAGGUAAUUUGAAUUUAACUAUCAUUUAGUGAGUAUAGACACAUGAAUUCUCUUCCAGAAGAUCAAAAUUUUGAAAGUCAAAAUGGAUUCAGAUCGAAUGAUAUCAAUGAUGAACUUGAUUCCGAAUGUUGAA